CUCUUUGCUCCAAAACGCCACGUAAUUGACUCAGCACGUGAGAGACAGCACAUGGAAUACUACUCUCUAUCGAAGAUUUCUCAGCUCCAUCGGAGAGAUUCGCAGUGGUGGGACAGUUUCAAUGGCUUCAGAGACGAAGAAAGAUCAAUUGGGUUAUUAUCACAACUGGUAAAAUUAUUUUGAGUAAACUUUGAAGGUAGUUUUUCAAGGCAAAGAGCAGAGGUUCAAAGAGUUAUUAGGAUUUGGCACGCAUUCAUGUUGAUAUUAGAGAUAUGGACGCAAAAUCGCCGUCGAAAGUUAAGCUCUCAAUCAUGGGAUUUACUCAGUAUAAACGGUUGUUAAAAACAAGUACGAUUAUUUUGGUUGCGGUGCUGUUAUUGGUUGGAGUUUACUUUGCAUUUAACCCUGGAAAAGGUGGUAGUGUAAUUAAGGGGUCGUACUUUGUUGUGGUUAUGGAUUGUGGAAGCACAGGGACGAGAGUGAAUGUGUACAAGUGGAUGGUAGGAGGUGUAAGUAACAUGCACCUUCCUCUUUUGUUGCAUUCUUACCCUGACAAUGUUUCCAAGAGUUCACUCUGGAAGAAUUCUUGUCAGUAUCACUGUAUGCAAACUGAGCCUGGGUUAGAUAAAUUUGUCCGUAACUCCUCGGGAGUGAGAGCGUCUUUGGAACCAUUGCUUAUAUGGGCAGAACAGGUAGUACCUCGUGAAAAACAAGGAGACACUCCUAUUUUCGUUUUGGGUACUGCUGGGUUAAGGAGGUUGGCAUUUGAGAAUGCUAGGCGGGUUUUUGAGGAUGUAGAGACUGUCCUGAAGGAGCACAUGUUUUUGUAUAGGAAGAGUUGGAUAAGGGUGUUGAGUGGCAAAGAAGAAGCUUAUUAUGGUUGGGUUGCUCUAAACUAUAAAAUGGGGAGCUUUAAAAAUUAUUCAAGGUCUCCCACUUUGGGACUUAUUGAUCUAGGAGGUUCCUCGUUGCAGGUUGUGAUGGAAAUAGAUGAUGCAAGAAAAGGCAUAGACUUAGUGACGUCAAAGAUUGGUUCAAUGGAACACAGGAUUUUAGCGUACUCACUGCCAGCAUUUGGUUUGAAUGAGGCAUUUGAUAGGAGUGUUGCCACGCUCAUUCAAGCACAAUGGUCCGGGAAAAAUACUGGUAAUACAUUAGAAGUCAGACAUCCUUGUCUUGGUUCUGAUUUUGUACAAAACUUUACCUGCUCUGGUUGCUUAGGGCUUAAUGCCACCAAUCAGAAAAUAUUGAGUAGUCAAAUAUGGAGAGCUGAAGUUCCUAUUUUGUAUCUGGUUGGGGACCCCAAUUGGGAGCGGUGCAAAGAACUUGCAAGGACUGCUGCCAUCAUUUCAAGCAAUUUAGAUUGGUCACGACCAGCAGAUGGUACAAACUGUAAAGCAAGCUCAUCUUCCUAUGGUGGCAGUGAUAACAUUAAUUUGACAGCUGUCACUUGCCUUUCUACACGGUUUCAUGCUUUAUCUGGAUUUUUUGCUGUUCACAACACAUUAAAUUUGAGUCCAAGAGCUAACUUGACAAAGAUUUGGGAGGAAGGCCAGCAGUUAUGCUCAAGAUCAUGGGCAAACUUGAGCAGUAUUUCCAGAAACCAAAAUUAUGCUAGACAAUAUUGUUUCCGGGUGCCUUAUAUGGCAUCACUCAUUGAGGAUGCGCUGUGUCUUGGUGAUAAAGAGAUAGUAUUUGGUCCAGGGGAUGUUUCUUGGACAUUAGGAGCUGCAUUGAUUGAAGGAAAACAGUUAUUGCUGAGAGCUACCAAAGCUCAGGCUAGCAUUUCUACCUUAAAGAAUAUGGUCAUGUCCUCUCCUGUUGUUCUGUUUGUUUUACUUCUCUGCCUUCUAUUUAUCAUUUAUCAUUUCCAAAUCAAGCUGCCUAUGCCAAGCAUGAAGGCUGCUGCUGCUGGAGUAUCUUUGCCAUCUUAUACGCAUCCGAAACGCCGACCUAACUAACUUCUGGCUACAGAUGCGCAUAAAAUAAUGUGUUAAUAGUCAGACAUUCGUUGCAUUUUCUCAUACAACCAUAAUUCAUUCAUUAUUUUAGGUUGAAUACAUGGUAUAUAUGUUAGAAAAGAUUCUGAAUUGUGUGAGACGUGUAAACUAGUUGGCAUAUUCAACAUUUGGAAUUGUCUGUAGCAACUAUAUCCUGGCACUUGAGUUCAUGUCAGUGGGAUAAUUGCGGCAUUCUCUGAACUUGGGUUGGAGCCUAUUGUUAGAUCUAAUUUUUGAAGUUUCUAUCUGGUCCCAAGCUUGAUCAAGAUCCUAGGUUAAUCUCGCAGGGACAAUCCUGUGUAUAGUAUGUAAUUGUUUGUUCAAAUUACUGAAUUUGACUUAAAACUUUUUCUCUU